AUGAGAUUGUUAUCAAGCAUAAUUUAUGUUUCUGAUGGACAGAUGAAACCUACUUUAGCUAGGACACGGCAAAAUUCAAAUACCUCAGCAACUAAUUGGUCAUCUAGCAUAUGGUUAAAGGAAAGAGGUUGUCCUUUCGGAACAGUUCCUAUUAAAAGAGUAAUCAAAGAUGAUCUUAUUAGACACAGAAGUAUUCCGUCACCAGAAGCUAUCUCAUAUGAAGUUCAAUUUAUUAAUAUUAACAACAAUACUGAGUCAAAAAGAAGUUACAUAUCGUCGCAGGGAUACAAGCUUGCAUCAGCCCAAGUUCAAAAUAAUACGAAUAAUAAUUUUGCGGGAGCCGAAAUGACAGCUAGUUUAUGGAAUCCUCAUGUUGAAGGUCAACAACACAGUGCAUGCCGAUUAAAAAUUCAAAAAGGGUCAGAUAUUUUACAAGUUGGUUGGAGAGUGGAUCCAACAUUAUACAAGGACAACAAGACUAGGCUUUUUGUACAUUUUCAGGCUGGUAAUACACAUUGCUUCAAUGCACUAUGUCCUGGAUUUGUCCUAGUAAAUACUGAGUUACCUGUUGAUAUGGUCUUUGAUGAGAUUUCACACCGUGGAGAUCAACAAAUGGCGGAGAUCACAAUGUUUAUCGACCGGGAUCUAGCUAAUGGAAACUGGUGGCUUUUGAUUGGUGAAAACAACGAACAAGUUGGCUUUUGGCCUCAAGCGAUUUUCACUGACUUGGCAAGCUUUGCAACUAACGUUGAGAUGGGAGGAGUUGCAUAUAGUCCACCAGGUGUGCCUGAACCUCCAAUGGGUGCCGGUUGCUCGCUUGCUGUAGAUCCUAGAUAUGAUGCUUAUUGUCGGAGACCUAAUGUUUUAAAUGAUAAAGGUGAGACGAUACCCAUAGUAGAAUCAAUGAACGUCCAAGUUAGUGAUUCUAAUUUGUAUGAUGUUUUGGAUAUACCAUAUUUUAGAAGUGGAAAGGAGCAUUUUGUAUUGUAUGGAGGACAUGGUGAGGUCGAUACAUCAUGUUAA